GGAAGCAUAGUUUUUAUGCGUAAUGAGGAGGCAAAGAAAGGAAUUUAUCGAAAAAAAUUGGGUACGUCUUCUGCAAUGAAUUCUUUAUCAAUAAAAUUUGGUUUAUUAAAUUACUAUGCAACAUAUGUAUUUCUGCUAUUGAUAAUAUGCGAUACGAUGAAUUGUGCUAGCGGAUAUAAGUUCAAAGAAAAGGACAAUUUUCUAAACAACGUUUGUAUCAAUGGGUAUUUGCAAGCAAAUGGUGAUUGUUUAUGUUUCCCAGGUUUCAAUGGGAAAUUUUGCACAGAAAUCAAUAAUAAGCUUCGGCUUCCAAAGCACAAGCUGACGACUUCACUAUUCUCUAAUCUUCUCGAUUACGACUUUGAUGAGCCUGAUCCGAAGUACACAUUCGAAAACAAUCCUUACGGUUAUUUCGAACAAAUUGACGUAGAAAAGCAGGAAUUCGAUUCUGCGAAUUUCAAUUCAAUGAAUGGGGCGGAUUCGGAUACAACCGGAUUGGGACAAAGUUCAUCAGUGCCGAUGAUGAUCGAAGCACAUACUUCAACGAGGAAAACUCCUGUCAGAAAAGAUCAUUCGUCAAUGAACGAGACCCACGUUGAUGUAUCAUCAGCUGGCCAUGGUUUUUCUGGAUCGGAUGAAUCAUAUGAACCAAAGACAGGCCAACAAAAAUGUGUGAAUGGAAUUCCAAUGUCUUUCAACAUGUGUAUUUGUCAUUUCGGAUACACAGGUGUUUCAUGUGAUAUAUCUAUGAUAAAUUCAGAACAUGAAGAAAGUGGUUUUUCAUCAGGAAAUGGAAGUGGAGACGAACAACAAUUUGACACUGCUACGACUAGUUUAGAAAAUGGAGGAAGUGGUUUUUCAUCAGGAAAGGGAAGUUGGGAAGAACAACAAUCUCUAAAAGAUGCAACAGAUAGAAAAAAUGGUUUUGCAUCAGGUGAUGGGAGUGGACAAAAUCCAAAAUCUGAAACCGGUUCAGGCUACGCACAGGAAGGCCAAUCUGGUGAUGGAAUUGAAUCAGAAUAUGAACAUCAGUGGGCUAAAACACCCAUGGACAAAAUAUAUUGGGAACCUAUAUGGAGACAUGAAGCACCAACUAAAGAAGUCAUUGAUGAAGAUAAUAUUUUGGAAGAUACAUUUGUGGCUAUAUCAACUGGCGUGUCUGGCUCAAAAACAGAACUACAUGUUGGUAAUGAUGUGAAAUCUAUGAAACCGAAUGGAAAAGUUUACAGAUUUACGUUUGCACCGGAAGUAGAAGGGAAAAAGUCACGAUUGGAAAUUGUGACUUGUUUCAGCACAACUAACGAUAUAAUUUCUCGAUACAAUCGAAUACCAGAGGAACUGGAAUACUUGUUAAAGUCAUCUUGCCCUAUAAUCAAUCUUCCUCCUGGAAACAUUCACACACAUGAAUAUGAAAUUUACAUUCCGAGAGCCGACUUCAGAAUUGAUGGUGAAUAUAUUUUGACACAAUGGCAUGGUAGUCCGGACCCAACAAUUCUGCAGGAUGAAAUGGGUUGUGUAGCUCAAGUUCCAAUCUCAAAUUUACAUAAGAUUUGUACUAAAGGAAGAUGUAAACAAGGAGCAAUAUUAGAUAGAAAUGGGCAUUAUAUUGGAAUUCGAUACAACCAAGGGGGUUAUCCUCCGUUGAGUUUCAAAUUGGAGAAAAAACAGUUUAUUAUUGUUGCACGAUCUGAUGAAAUGCUCUUCAUUGGUAAGGGAGGUUGUGGCCAAACCGAACGUUGUGUGCAUCACCCAAGAAUGCAUAACAAUAUCAUCUGGAAGUUUCCUGCAGAAAAGUUCAAAUUUGAUCAAUGGGUUAAAUUCAGAUGGGAUAUUAAAUGGAGUGAAUACAGUUCAUCGAGCCUUGAAUUUGACAAUGGUGGUAUGAGAACUUCUGAUGCUUGGAUUAGAGUUUGGAUGAAUGGUGAAAAAAUUGUAGAUUGGAUUGGACCUUGCGGAAGAAACGAUUAUGGAAAAACACCUUAUUUCAAAGCAGGAAUAUACAAUCCAAGUGGUAGUACUUUUCCAAUCAGAUUCUUUUUUCGUCGUUACUCUCAUGAACAUGAAGCAAUGGAUACUCACAAGGAUGAGGAAGUGAAAAAAACCUUCAAGAAACUGAGAAUUUGUUCUAAUAACGCCAAAGAUAUAAAUCAAAAUGCUAUAAAGAAUUCAAAGCAUUAUAGAUUCAUACUUACGUCAUCUGCAAGUGAUAAAAAAUGCACCUUGUAUUCAAAAGUUGAUCAUUUAUCUUUUUUACGAAAUGCCAAACUCAAUCGAAUGUUGGUGGAUGAUGCUACAAAAAGUAUAAUUACUAACUUGGUUUACGCUCUUGAUGACCAAGCACAUUUGAUCAAACAUUUGGAAAAAAGACUUGAGCAGUACGAGUCUGAACAAAAGACAACCAAUGAAGAAAUUUUAGACUAUGAUGGAUUUUGAGGAUGGGAAUAAUAAAAAUGAUAACAACUCAUUGCUGCUGAAAGAUAUUUUUAUAUACUGAACAGUUAAAUUAUGUACAAUGUUGGUUCUAUUUAUUUGUAUUUUUAUCUUGUGACAGAACUGGCGCCCACUACUACACUAAAUUGUGACUAGGGAUGCCACUUUUGGAUUUACGAAUCGGAUCGAUUACAAUCACAUCUUUUCCGAAUGGAUGUUUGUUAAAUCGUUGUUUUCGGCGGCUUUAAAUCUGCCGAAUGCGUUUAUGCGGCACUCCGAAUAACACCAAAUUACG